UGCAAGAUCUUUAAUUUUUUUGGCGGAUCAAACAUUAUGAACAUCGGACAUUAUCUCCAGUUUGUUGCCUCUGUGUUGAUUAUUUUCUUCACCAUCGGCAAUGUUGAAGGUCAGCUGGGUCGAACACAGCGACAAAGGAGUCGGUUUGUGUUGCGUCAGUCUUCUCGCCCCACCACAAGAGUUGGUUCAACAAUGGCAGACCUUCUAAGACAGAGACAGAGACAGAGGAUGAGUUUGCAAGGAACAAGCAACGCGAACGAAAUACGCCGUCAACUUCUGCGAAUGAUUGCAGCAAGACGAUCGGGCUCGACAUCCUCAUCGGCAGGUACCCGGAACACCAUUGCAGGUGUCCGGAACAGGAGUCGGGUGAUCACGCAAUGCCCAAGCAUUAGUUGUGUACAGGUUCCGGCUAACUGCCGAAGGCUUACAUUCUACAUGACUGAGACGGGGAGACGGUGUAGGGGGUGUGAUUUCAACCGCUGUGAAAACUUUCAAUCGAGAUGGGAGAAGGGUUUUUCGAGAAUUGAGUGAAUAACGCAAAAGUUAUGUCAAAGCUUCAAGAUGAAGGCUGUGAUAAACUCAACAUCAAUUCAUCUUUAUUGCUCGUUAGAAUCACAGAAAGAACCGAUGUCAUCAGUUUCUUUUGCGUGCUAUACGUUUUGAAAUACUAUACUUGUCGAAGGAAUUAAGGAAUAAAUAUAUGGUGUUUUAGUAUCAUUGAAAUCAGAGAAAUAGUAAACAUUAUAUGUGUGAGUUGGCGGAAAAGAGUGUGACAUGAAUCAAAGGCCCGAGCAAUUCGAUCACAAUUCAUUGUACAUAAUCAUUAUAUAUUUAAUUGGAUGUCCAGUAGUAUCUAUUGGACUAUGUGUAUGUUGUAAGCCUUUGUUUUUGUUUCUGAUAUUUUUGUUCAUUAGUAAGGUCAUAUAAAUGACCUGACACUUUUAUGACCUUUAUUAUUGAUAGUAUUUAUAUCGAGACAUUUGCAAUAGAGACAGAAUAUCUCCAGGAAAAGUUUAUACUGUUUUUUCGCAAUUCCCCAGUCAUUGUUAUGGCUGUGUUGAUUGUUUACACGUGUGUUCUUUGUGUUCUGCUCUUUAGAUCUACAACUUUUAUAUGUAAUUAAUAAAAAAAAUGCUUUGUUA